CAACGGGGAUCUCUCGCAGGAUUUACCAAGCGAAGACUAUAAAGUUUUCCUUUUUUCCCAACAUGAAACAUUUUGGGGAGAACAAGUGAAAAAGAGGAGCGAAAUGGGAUCCCUCAACUCAAGUGGAAUUGAUGCUUAUCCCUUCCUCUCUCCGAAUUCUUCCCGGGCGAAGGAUACUCAGUAUUCCCUGGCGACAAUAGCCGGUCUGGCGGCGCUGGUAAGCUUUCUUAUUUUGUUCACCAUUGUCGGGAACGUACUCGUAGUGAUCGCAGUGUUAACGAGCCGGGCUCUCAAAGCCCCGCAGAACCUGUUCCUCGUCUCCCUGGCUACGGCUGACAUACUGGUGGCAACACUGGUAAUGCCGUUUUCACUGGCCAACGAACUCAUGGGAUACUGGUACUUUGGAAAAGUUUGGUGUGGCAUCUACCUCGCUCUGGACGUCUUGUUCUGCACCUCCUCCAUCGUCCACCUGUGCGCCAUCAGCCUGGACAGGUACUGGUCAGUGACACAGGCGGUGGAGUACAAUCUGAAGCGGACGCCGCGACGCGUCAAGGGCAUCAUCGUGGUGGUGUGGCUGCUGUCGGCGGUCAUCUCCUCGCCGCCGCUCAUCUCCAUCGAGCUGCACCCCGAGCAGCAGCAGCGGGCGGCGAUGACGGCAGCGCAGCCACAGUGCGAGCUGAACAACGACACCUGGUACAUGCUGUCGUCCAGCAUCGGCUCAUUCUUCGCGCCCUGCCUCAUCAUGGUGGCCGUGUACGUGCGCAUCUACCAGGUGGCCAAGACGCGAACGCGCGGCUCCUCGGAGAAGAGGAAGAGCGUGGCCAGCGCCGACGGUGUCACGCAGACGCAGACGGAGAACGGCUUCAGCAAGGUGACCGUGGGGGUAGCGGUCACCGCGGCGGGGGUGUCGGCGCUCCGGGCCAACGGCGGCAGCGAGCAGCGGAAGAACGGCCACUGCCCGCUGUCGGCGCCACCGACGCCCGCUCGCGGCCACAUGCCGACUACUGGCACCGCCACCACCGAGGACCUGGAGGGCGAGGACAGCAGCUCGUCGGAGGGCAAAGGCGGCCGGCUGGAGGGAGCCCCAGUGAUGGCGGCGACGGCAGUGGCGGCGGCUACGACCACAGCCGUCGCAUCCAGAGCGACAGCCGAGCGACAAGGCACCAUGGGACGGCCACCGUCCAGCGGCGUGGGCGGAUACGGGUCGGAUGGAUGCACGGGCAGCGUCCUGUCGAAGCACGCCAGCCGGGCGUCGCGCGCCAGCUGCAAGUCCAUGGACCUGUUCGCCUCGCGGCGCCGCCGAGGCACGUCCUCGCGCAAGAAGGCCUCGCAGGCGCGCGAGAAGCGCUUCACCUUUGUGCUGGCCGUGGUCAUGGGCGUGUUUGUGCUCUGCUGGUUCCCCUUCUUCUUCACCUACAGCCUGCUGGCGGUGUGUCGCGAGGCCUGCCACAUCCCCGAGCCCCUCUUCAAGUUCUUCUUCUGGAUCGGCUACUGCAACAGCUCGCUCAACCCUGUCAUCUACACCAUCUUCAACCAGGACUUCCGCAGGGCCUUCCAGAAGAUUCUCUGUAAGUCUUGGAAGAAAUCCUUUUAGGAAACCAAACAUAUCCAUCAAUCGAUAAAUCAAUCAAUCAAUUGAUCAAUCAAUCAAUUAAACUAUCAGUCUGCUGGAAGACAAAUAAUAUAAAGUGUUGAAAGGAUUAAUUUGGAUGUCUAUGGAACAUAUUGACAAUCAGAAGUUGGUGAGCAAACGUGGGGGGUGGGGUAAGCAGGAACUAAGAUGGAGCUUAUACUGGGGCUCAUUCUUACAGCAGUGUAAAUAAACCAGUAAAGCACAGCCAAACAGCCAUAAGCAGCGAGUACUUCAACGCAGUCAUCUCAGUGACAUUGACAGCACUCUCGCUGGACCCAUAGCAGAGAGCGCUGUGUUUGCGUUCACAUCCGUCGUCUCCCAACAGGAUAUGGACACAUCCCGG